AUGGCCAGGACUUCUUCGAGACGUCAAACCAGGAAUAGGCCUGAGACGCCUCCACGCACCCCGGCAGUUUCCAAACGGCCUCCGAUUACAUGGAAUUAUAUGGAAGACUGUAUGCUAUUGAGGGGAAUGAUCCUGGCUUUGAACGAGGGAACCCUUUCAAAGCAGGUUUUCGAAAAGCUAGUGGAGAGAAGAGGAGAUGAUCGUUAUUCCGCUGAUACUGCGAGGGAUCUUACCAUCAUGUGCACAGCAGUCGAGAGGGACCGCCGCGACCUCUUUCCACAGGUGAUCAUGGUAAAGCCCAAGUCAGAGAGUCACGCGGAUGAUGCCUAUAUAAGUGCCCAAGAGCCAGAAGACUAUUUUCUCUCGCCAGAUCAGACUCCAUGCUCCAUGGCGAGCUCCUCUCCUUCAGCUGAGUCCUCUGCAACCCUGACCCCGAGCCCUCGCCGCAGUCAGCGUCGGAGCACUCCCGAAGACCCUGGCACACCCACUCGCCAAUACCGCCGAAGGGAAUCUGAGCGACGGCAAAGCGGUGCUCCUUAUCAGCGUGGCGUUUCAUCGCGAACGAACCCCCAACCGCCCGCAAGAACUCCCGCCCCUCCCAGGCGUCCUCAAGGAACGAGUACCUCGCGUGGUUCUCGUCAGUCACAAUCCAGGUAUCGAACACCAGCGACCAGUCAGAAUGCCCGAUCCGAGAGUCAACAAUGGAAUUUUCAGGCAAGGAUCAGCCAUGAUUGA